AUGUCUGCCGCCGUGGGGAAGAUAUGGGCUCCAGCAGCCCUACGCUUCCUCCGCGUAGGCAUCACUAAGACGACUAAAGCCAUACGGACCAAACUUGCCAAUGCCGCGCGUCCCGCCGCCCAAGGCGAAUUUGCCUCUAUUCCCAUCCGCUCCACGCCAACCGGCCGUCAGCCCAUUCACCCUGCCGCUCUUCUUAGACAGAAGCGAGCAGGACGUUGGUACUCGACUCAACAGAGUGUCCAUAACACCGUCCGCCGAUGGAUCUCCACUGCCGGAGGUAACGGCAAUGCCGCCCCACGAUUCAACCGGGCGUCAUCCCCGAGCUCAAAUACAUCGCGUUGUGUCGGGCGGAUGACAGGACGGGCUCCAUUUGCAAGUACUCUCCGACCGAACCUUACCGGCGGCGCUCUCCCACGCACCCAGGGCGGCUACAGUGUUGGUGGUGGAGCCCGGUACUUUUCGCACACCCCCGCCGCCCCGGCGCAGGUGGUCCACAAUGUCUCCGUUGCCAUGCGGGCCUUCUGCCUUUCCGGCCAGAAAGUGCGUUAUGAUGGCACGAACGCUAGGGGUGACUUUUGUUAUCGUGCCGUCUCAGAACUCGAGCAGGCCGCAUACGUGAAGAUGAUGGGCACCGCCCGUGGCAAUCCAGGUGCUUUUAUCGACUUCAAGCUCAACCCUACCAUCACGGCCCUCAGCCCUCUGAGUGCUGCCGCCGCCGCCGGUUUUACCUCCGCUGGCGCCGCUGCCCCUGCCACUACUCUCAACGAGGAGGGUUUCCUCGAUGUCCUGUCCGUCGAUUUUGCUCGCGCCGUAAAGGACCUUGCUAUUAUUUUCGCCGACUUGAAGCGGCUUGCCCUGCUAGGCGACCUACCCAUCACUAUGGAAAAGGGAAGUGUGCUACGAGUGCGUUUCCCUGGUGUUGACGCUGAGACUGUUGAGCGAUUGUGUGAUGAUUAUGGUGUUCAGCGCGGUGCGGUUGGUCAAGAUGCCGGCUUUGAGGCCGGCUCUGGCGUACCAAUGGCACUUCGCUUCCCCUUCGCACCCGAUUGUGAAGAUAACAAAACAAUUACUUCACCCGGGGGUUCCCUUCGGUCGCUUUCUGGUUUGGACAUAGAUCUGGAGGAUGCAUUCAUCGACGAAAUGGAAGAGAACCCCUGGAUGUCCGACCCCGAAGGCUACGAGAGCAUGUCGCCAACUCCCAAGACAAGCGAGCAAUGCUCUGAUGAAUAUGAGGGCUUGGAGGGCAUCUAUCGUUUUCUAGAAGAAUGUGACCGUGCUAAGGGACGGUACUAA